UGUACAGUAAAAACAGAGGGGGGCCUUAUUCUUUGUAACGGAAUGGAGCAAAAACAUUCUCAAAACCCCAAUUUUCCGGCGUCUCAGUUGUCGGACAAUCAAGAGAACAACCGAGGUGAACACUCUUUUUCCCAAGAAACCCAUCCACAAAUGCCUUUAAAUGUAAACUUUCAAACCUCUGAUCAAGAAAUUCAGUCAGCCUUUUCCAGGCUAACCCUUUCCCAAGAUUUUCAAUCCCAACGUGAAACGUCUUCGUAUAAUAUUCUUCUCAGGCUUGAUGGCUUGGAAGCCACAAAAUCAGACCCCUUUUCAGUGGGUUUUGGUGAAAAGCAAGUGAACGUUGGAGAGGUGCAGCAGGCUUUAUUUCGGGGUCAGGCUCAAAGUAAUGAUGGUGGUGUCAAUGGGCCUUUCAAUUUGGAAGUCCAACAGAAUAUCAAUGUGCGACCGGAGAUUAUGGGUUUUGGUAAACGCAGAUAUCUUGAUGGAGUUGGAGGUGAUCCUCUGAGAUUGAUGAAAUAUCAAGGAAAUGGUUUUUAUGAUACUUUCAGUAAUAAUCAUGAGUAUUCUUUCUUGCAUGGCAAGAAACCCUUCUCAGGAACCACCCCCCAAAGUCCAAAUUUUCUGUUUUCAGACAACAAUUUCAAAAAUUUCAGUUCCAGACCAAGUUUGUGUAGUAAUCUGCACUUGUACCAACAGUUGAGUAUUGAAAGCUUGAGGGGAAGAAUAGUUUCCUUGGCAAAAGAUCCAAUGUGGAGUGGGAUUUUGAAGUCCAAAUUGGAAGAGGGGUUGACACUGCCUAGUCUUGAGUUGGUUUUAUCAGAGGUGUUGGAAUUAUUGAGCGAUGUGAUAACAAAUCAAUUUGGAAGUCAAUUUUUGCAGAAGCUUUUCAUGGUGUGCAAUGUGGAACAGAGGACUAGGAUUAUUUUCACACUAACUAGAAAUCCAUUUAAAUUCAUUAAUAUUUGUCUUCAUUCAUUUGGGGCAACGACCAUGCAAAAACUGUUGGAGAAGCUGGAUUCCCCACAACAAAUAUCACUCAUAGUGUCUGCUUUGAGCCUAGGUGUUGUUGCCUUGGCUAAUGAUCCCAGUGGUCAUCUUGUUAUACAACACUGUGUUAAACAGUUUACUACCGAAUAUAAUAAGAUUCUUCUCAAUGAAAUAGGAAACAACUGCUUCGUAAUUGCAACCAAUAAAAGUGGGUGUUGUGUGAUGCAAUCAUGCGUGGAACAUUCGUACGGGGAACUGAGAGAAUGGUUAAUACGUAAUAUAGUAGCUAAUGCAGUGCACCUAGCCGAGGAUCCUUAUGGGAACUAUGUGGUGCAAUACCUGCUUGGAAUGAAAAUUCCAGAAGUCAUGACUCAUCUUGUGAGACGGUUUGAAGGGAAUUUCGUGUCUCUCUCCUUCAAUAAGUAUGCAAGUAACGUUGUGGAGAAAUUUUUGGAAACUUCAGGAGAAAAACAUUCCAGAAAAAUUAUCAUUGAGCUGAUUACAAGUCCAAAUUUCUGUAUGCUUCUUGUGGAUCCUUUCAGAAACUUUGUUAUUCAAUCAGCACUGUCAGAAGCAAAGGGUCAUGUUCGUGACUCUCUUCUAAAUGUAAUCCGAGCUAAUGUUCCAUCCAUCCGAAGCAGUCUAUAUGGGAAAAAGAUCCUCAGUUGCCUUGAAAAGAUGAAGCUCUCGCUUGUAUAGAAGUGCCCAAGUGAAAGCUGUUUACUUAUCUUGAAGAGUGAGCUAGUGUAAUUUUCGUCAUCUAUGAGAAAAUGUAGGCGGUAGUAGGUUUAUAUGUAAUGUUUUUGUCAUUUUUAACUGUUUAAAGUGUAGUUUGUGUUAUGGCUGUGGUAGAGAAUGUUUACAAGGACAAAGAAAGCUGUUGAAUAUCUGAAGAUGCAAUUGAAGCAUCAUAUUAUGUGAUCUGUAGCAGAAAGUGCAUGGCACAUUAUGCUUUUAAACAGUGCAUAUUGAGUUCUUCUGAUGGUGGUAUGAUUCAUUUGGCGUUGGU